AUGCAGAUCUUCGUGAAGACCUUGACCGGUAAGACCAUCACCCUGGAGGUGGAGCCCAGCGACACCAUCGAGAAUGUCAAGGCGAAGAUCCAGGACAAGGAGGGCAUCCCCCCGGACCAGCAGAGGUUGAUCUUUGCCGGGAAACAGCUGGAAGAUGGGCGCACCCUGUCUGACUACAACAUCCAGAAGGAAUCCACUCUGCACUUGGUCCUGCGCUUGAGGGGAGGGGUCUAAGUUCCCCCUUUCAAGCUGCUGACAAAAUACAUUGCACUUUUCUUUCAAUAAAGUUGUUGCAUUCCCAAA